GGCGGUAAUCCGCCUUCACGUUCAGCUGCCGUUAAAAAGGAGAACGAAGAAGAAGCGUCGCUAACAAUGGCAGCUUCCACGGAGUUACGGAUGGAUCAGCUCCCUUCAGACCCGCUGCUUCACAUUUUGUCCUUCCUGGGCUUCAGAGAGCUCAUCCAUUGCAGUUACGUCAGCCGGAGGCUCAAUGAGUUGUCCAAACACAACCCGCUGUGGAAAAGGCUGUGCUCCAAACACUGGCUGCUCACAGAUGCGGACCGGCUGCAGAGUGGCGUGUCCUGGUACUGUCUGUUCAAACAGUACUACAGGGACCUGGGCCGGUACAUGCAGUACUACCCGGUGCUGAAGAGGGCCUGGGAGCAACUGAAAAGCUUCCUGCAGCAGAGGUGUCCACGCAUGAUCGCGUCGCUCAAAGAGGGCGCCACAGAGGUGGAGCUAAACGACAUCGAGGCUCAGAUCGGCUGCAGGCUUCCGGACGACUACCGCUGCUCGUACCGCAUCCACAACGGACAGAAGCUGGUGAUCCCAGGGCUGAUGGGCAGCAUGUCUCUGUCCAACCACUACCGCUCGGAGGUCCUGCUGGACGUGGAGACGGCGGCUGGGGGCUUUCAGCAGAGGAAGGGGAUGAGACGCUGCCUGCCGCUCACCUUCUGCUUCCACACCGGACUCAGCCAGUACAUGGCUCUGGAGCCCGCAGAGGGACGCAGGAUGUUCGAGAGCUUCUACCCCUGCCCCGAUCAGACAGCUCAGGAUCCUUCAGCCAUCGACAUGUUCAUCACAGGUUCCUGUUUCUUGGAGUGGUUCACGACUUACGUGCACAACGUCGUCACAGGAGAAUAUCCGAUCAUCAGAGACCAGAUCUUCAGGUACGUUCAUGAUAAGGGCUGCGUGGCGACCACCGGCGACAUCACCGUCUCUGUUUCUACCUCCUUCCUGCCAGAGCUGUCGUCCGUCCAUCCGCCGCACUUCUUCUUCACCUACCGCAUCAGGAUCGAGAUGUCGAGCAGCGCGUCACCUGAAGCCGCCUGUCAGCUCGACAGCCGUUACUGGAAAAUCACCACCUCGGACGGCAACGUGGAGGAAGUUCAGGGGCCCGGUGUGGUCGGAGAGUUUCCCGUCAUGACACCCGGGAAAGUCCAUGAGUACGCCAGCUGCACCACCUUCUCCACCCCGUCAGAGUACAUGGAGGGUCACUACACCUUCCACAGACUGGCCAACAAAGAGGAAGUUUUCCACGUGGCCAUCCCGCGCUUCCACAUGGUCUGCCCCCCCUUCAGAGAGCCGGUGGUUCGAACGCAGAAGCCAUCGGCCAGUUACACGUCUCGCUUCGACGACCACGACGACGACGGCGAAUACUGCGACGGAGACGGCGACGACUUUGGCGACCUGAGAGGAAUCAACAUGGCUGCCUUGGAGGGAGCGUGGUGCCCUCGACACAUCUGACCUCUGACCCCGGUCCCCAGGCCCCCGCUGCAGUGUCGUCAAGGAAACCAGAUGGACUGUCAGUCAUUCAGGUCUGAUGAUGACACUAAAAGCUCCUGGACGCCCUGAGUGAUUGACAGACAGCAGGGGAUUCUGGGACAGGUAGUACCAACCAGAGCCGCACACGGGACAGAAUUGGUUCGACUUCCAGCUGUCUGUGAAACAAACGAAACAAAAAUGUGAAUGAGCUUUUAUAGAAAAGAUGUUGUGUAAACUUUUGCGAGAUAAGCUCGAGACAACAAGGACGGACGGUGACGUCGUCGCCUUCUCCUUGGCCUUCAGGCCUAUUGAUUGUAACACAGCAGGGACACAAAAUGGCCGUCACCGGUUGCUGCAACUUUAGAUUUAGAUAAGCUGAGUGUUAAACUUUUGGGCCAAUCAGGGGCGAGCUGGAGCUUUCUGUAAAAUGCUCCUCAUGAACACGUGGCUCUGGUGUCUUCUGGUCGAGUUCUCAGAGAGCCGGGGGUUCCUCCAUCUCGUCUUCACCGCGGGAACCGUCAGCCUGGACCUUGCAUGUCUGUCCAAUCACAAGACGGUUGCUUGCCCGAUAUUGCGAGUUCCUGCGGUGGAGAGGAGUCUUUCGCGGUGUUUUCGUCAUAUUUGCCAGUCGUUCCACAUCAUGUAUUCUCGUGUUUUCCAGAUGCUAACUGAGAAGGAGCUGAACCCUUCAUGUGCUCUGAGGGAAAGAGGCAGGCUGUCGGGUGUUUCUCGGUGCUUUAUUUUGUUUUUCUCAACUUGUGUGAAUCACGUGAAGCUGGACGACGUGUCGUCACGCUCUGAUUUGAUUGGUGGGUUUGUUUUGUAUGUUUUGGCUAAAUAAACAACAAAUAUUCACUGC